AUGGCGAGGAGAAAACAGAGAGAACCCAGGAAAUCUGCAGCGUACCUUCCAACGGUCAAGAUCAAAGCAGCCACUUUUGAAGACAAGCAACUUCAAGACAACAAUGAUGAAUACAUAUUUGAAGAGGAAGAGGAUGCAAAAGGGUCUCAGAGAUUCCAGGACUCCCCUACCAGUGAUGGUACCAACCCUGAUACUGGUUAUCUUUCCCCACGUAGCGACUCUAGUGAUCAGAUCCCUGAUUUUACCAGCGUUUCUUCGAAGGAAGAAGGACACGAAGAGGAAGAAGUGCAUGGCAGAUCGGACAACAGCGUCCCGGAUGCCCUAGCUCAGACAAAAGCCGUUUGUGCAGGCCUGAUCUCUAAUGCCUCCUGGUCCAACGUUGUGAUGAAUAUCAUGGAAAGCGGGUCAGCUACAUCCAGCACAGCUAGCACGAAUACCGAUGGGAAUUACCUAAUUAACAGACCAAGCAAUGCCAAUCGAAAUAUCUUUAAUGGAAAAGCAGACAGCAGUUCAAAUGGCUGCACGGGUAAUAACUGCAACGUUAAGGCUUCUAAUGGUGCCAGCGAAGUUUAUGACUGGCAUCAGGCUGCUGUAGCUAAAACACUCCAACAAACUCAUCACCAUUUAUCACUAGAGCCAAACCUGUUCAGUACGGUCCAGCUCUACCGGCAAAACCACAAACUCUACGGCUCCGUUUUGACUGGUGCGAGCAAGUUCAAGUGCAAGGACUGCAAUGCUGCAUACGACACACUAGUAGGUCUUACAGUUCACAUGAACGAUACUGGUCAUUACCAUGAUGACAACCAUGAAAAAGAGGAAGAGAAUAAUGGCAAACAUUGGUUGAAGCCCCGCAAGCGAUCCUUGUUGGAGAUGGAGGGCAAAGAAGAUGCCCAGAAAGUGCUAAAGUGCAUGUUCUGUGGUCACUCCUUUGAGUCUUUACAGGACUUGAGCGUCCACAUGAUUAAGACUAAGCAUUACCAGAAAGUGCCUCUUAAAGAGCCUGUGACGGCUUUGGCCACCAAACUGGUGCCAUCAGCCAAAAAAAGAUUAUUUCAUGACUCCCUAAUUCCCCCUUGUUCCCCAAAGUCAAUCACAUGUUCCUCUAGAGUGGCUUCGAUGGUUCAGAUGAAGGGCACUAUUAAUCCUUUUGUUACUCCUAACAAUCGGUACGGAUACCAGAAUGGUGCAAGCUACGCUUGGCAGUUUGAGGAACGCAAAGCACAGAUUCUAAAGUGUAUGGAGUGUGGGAGCUCCCAUGACACCCUGCAGCAACUCACAGCACACAUGAUGGUUACAGGUCACUUCCUGAAAGUCACACACACUGCACUGAAGAAGGGAAAGCAGCUAGUGUUUGACCAAAAUGUGGAAGAAAACAUCCAGUCAAUUCCCUUGCCUCCUACAAACACCAUUCUUAAACUCCAGUCAGUGUCACCUGCGCUGUCUUUUGGUUCAGAGGCCAAGAAGGAGACGGGGGAGGUUAGUGAAAUUGCAGAGAGAAAAAUCAAAGAGGAGAUGGAUGAGGUGAGUUUGGACCCCAUAUUAUUCAACUAUCUUAAAGAGGAGGACCUUGAAGAGGCUGCUAAAGGAGGACUGGACAUUCUGAAGUCUUUGGAGAACACAGUGUCCAGUGCCAUCAGUAAAGCUCAGACAGGUACGCCCACCUGGGGAGGAUACUCCAGCAUCCAUGCUGCUUAUCAGCUUCAGGGAACUGCAAAGCCAUUUGUCCUCCCUCCAGUGGUUCAAAGUGUUCAGACAGCCAUCAACAGCAACCUUCAAUCACUUGAACCUGAUCCCAGAUCACUGAUUUACACUCAUUCCAGACAGUCCCAUAGGAACAGUGUAUCUACCAUGGAUGUCUCAGAAAACAUCUUGAUGAAGAAAGAAAGGGAAGAAAGAAUGGAGGAUGCAGCUGCAGCCAAAUCAACAUCGCCAUUACUGAAAGAAAACCUAGUAAGUGUUGAUACAAAGGCAAAUGGAUAUAUGUGUAAAGUGGAACCAGUGGAGAUCCUGGUAGAAAGCCAGAGUAAGAACGUUAGUCUAGAAUUAGGCAAAUCACCCAUCAAAAACGGGCACAGUUUAGGGAUGGUUUAUGAUCAUUCAACUGAGAGACCUUUUAUCAGCCCUCUUUGUUCACUACAGUUAGUUGUGAACACGCACCUUCCCAAAGCCUCCAAAUUGGUCAGCUCGUCCUCUGAUCCACUCUCAGUGUUGUACAAGAUCAGCAACAGAGUAAUAGACAAAACGGGCCACUAUUCAUCAUCUGAUAGGAGAGACGAGAUGCUUGACACAGACAAGGACACUGACCAGCCUAUAGAUCUGCGAAAAUGCAAAAGCAUUACCAGCAGCAUUGAUAAAGAAAGCAUUAUCAACACCAUCAACAAAGCUAACGGAAGCAGGCCUCAUCACUUCUCACCCUCAGAUUCUGUAAACCCACAGGAGAAUGCCCUCAUGGACAUCUCAAAAAUGGUAAAAAGCCUCAGUAGCCAGCAUACUUCCAUGUCCUCAUCUCCACCAUGCCUUUUAGCAAAAUCUGACACAGAAGGAAGUUCAUUUGAAGAUCUGACUGAGAACUUUUCUUUCGCGCAGAAGCAAAAAGGUCGCCAAUCCAACUGGAACCCUCAGCACCUUCUCAUUCUUCAAGCCGAGUUCGCUUCAAGCCUGCGACAGACGCCGGAAGGUCGCUACAUCGUAACGGACCUCUGUCCUCGUGAACGUGUAAAAAUCUGCAAGUUCACAGGUCUCUUAAUGACCACGGUCUCACACUGGCUCGCUAACGUGAAGUACCAGCUCAGGAGAACAGGAGGGACCAAGUUUUUGAAGAAUCUGGACUCUAGGAAUCCAUUGUUUCUUUGUGGGGAGUGUGAUUCUAAAUUCAGGACUUCUUCAGCUUAUGUUAAGCAUCUGGAGUCUCACCUAGGGUUUAGUCUCAAGGAAAUGUCCAAGAUGUCUCCGAGGUGAAGAAAGACAAAAAAUGAAACUGACAAAGCAAUAGAUCACCACUUGCAUGACUAUAUUUAAUUCAUAUUUUCUCAAUUUUAUGCAAAUUUGUUAUGAUGCAGUAAUGGACCAAUUCAAAUUAUUGCCUGGACAUAUUUUACUGCACCACCGCAACAACCACCAUCUCAUUUUGUCUAGUGGCACUAAGAUCAAAUACUAAUACAUCACUAAUACUGUAGUUUGCACUUCCUGAACCAAGCCAUCAUGACUGAAAUGAAAUGUAACUAAAACUGCUGUACCCCAUUCGUUUGUAUCUCUUACAAAAAAAGUUUGGCUUUUUAAGUCAUGUUAAA